AGCGUUCUUGCCGUAUAUGGUUUCCGGACGGUAUCUAUUCAACAGGAUAUCAUUGAUCCCCUUCCGGGGCCCUCCCCUUUCCGUAUCCAAGCUCGAACUGUAAGGGGGUAGAAUGUGUAUAAAGAGCUCCUCUCCCUCCCGGAUAUUCGACCUUCUCUUCCUCCCAACACCAUCCCCCAACGAUCCCAGAUCUCUCGAGCACACACAGCAUAUCUCAGCAUCGCCUAUCAACAUCCUUACUUUGCCCACCUCUCAUUUUGUCGUUUCGAUCAACUCUCUGUCGCUUCUCGGUCUUUGCUCCUCGAUAUUACCACGACGAUGAAGGCCACCACUGCUCUCGUCACCUUUCCCGCCGUCGCCCUGGCGGUCCUGUCUGGCGCCGGCUCCGCAGUCGCUGCAGCAUCCAAUGUCGAGCGUCGAGCUGACGACCUUGAGUACGGCGAGCCGGCUGGCUACUACGGCAACGAGGGAUACGGGUACGGCGACGACUACGGCUAUGGAGAUGAUUCCUACGGCUACGACGAGGGCUACGGCCACGACGGGUACGAGCGGCGGGACGCAAGCAAAACCGCAACUGUCACCAAGACGGUGAUUGUCACCCACCCCUCGCAGUGGUCCGACUUGUUCAAGCCCUCGGGGACCUCUGGAGCUACGGCUCGGGAUGUCGCCCAGACUGUCACGAUCAUGGGCCCUGACGCCAAGACGACUGUGAUCUUGCCAAGCCAGGUUUCCGUCGACUCGACUCACGUUGUCUGGGCACCAGCACCUACAUCCACAGGCUCGUCUGCCAGCCAAGAGAGCUCCAAGGGCGGUGCUUCGGAGCAGCACCAGCAAAACUCGGGUUCGGGAUCUCACGGCUACGACUCUGGGCAUGGUCAGCCAUGGACUCACAACGCAAAUACUGCUGGCUUUGGUCAUGGUGGCGGCGGGGGUUGGGGCUCGGGUGCGUCGUCGGUGGCGAGAGAUGUUGCUUGGGCUGGGCUUGCACUGGCUGGUCUGGGAGCCGCGGUUGUGGCGUUGUGAUGUGGUUGGAGGGGGAGCCCAUGAGGACCUGUGGAUGACUUCAGGGGUCUUUGGCAAGGAGAAAAAUCUUCUUCUCGGCGG